GCGGCGUCGAGCCUCGGCGCCAUGCUGGGCCUGCGGGGCGCAGGGCUGGCGUGGGGUUUGAGGGCGGUGACACCGGCGUGGCGGCGAUGUCCGUUCGGACUCUCUCUGGCCCUGGCCCGCACGGCAGGGGCUUGGGGCGCGCGGGACUGGCGGGUACCGGCCCCGGGGGCACCGCGCGGGCGCGCACUCAGCCUGUCGGCCGCGGCCGUGGUGAACUGGGCGCCGCGCCCCCUGCAGCCCUACCUGCGCCUUAUGCGCCUGGACAAACCCAUCGGAACCUGGCUGCUGUACUUGCCAUGCACCUGGAGCAUUGGUCUGGCCGCUGAACCAGGCUGUUUUCCUGACUGGUACAUGCUGUCACUUUUUGGCACUGGAGCUAUUCUGAUGCGUGGAGCUGGCUGUACUAUUAAUGACAUGUGGGACCGUGACUUCGAUAAAAAGGUUAUGAGAACAGCAAAUCGCCCAAUUGCCGCUGGCGACAUUUCAAUCUUCCAGUCCUUCGUCUUCCUUGGGGGACAGCUGACCUUGGCACUGGGAGUUCUCCUGUGUUUGAACUACUACAGCAUAGCCUUGGGCGCGGCGUCCUUACUUCUUGUCAUCACCUACCCACUGAUGAAGAGAAUCACGUUUUGGCCUCAGUUAGCCUUGGGGCUGACUUUUAAUUGGGGUGCAUUACUUGGAUGGUCUGCUGUCAAGGGUUCCUGUGACCCAGCUGUAUGCCUGCCUCUUUAUUUUUCUGGAGUUAUGUGGACACUGAUAUAUGAUACUAUUUAUGCCCACCAGGACAAAAGAGAUGACGCUCUGAUUGGCCUGAAGUCCACAGCACUGCUGUUCAGGGAGAACACCAGGAAGUGGCUCAGUGGCUUUGGGAUCGCCAUGCUGGGAGCACUGAGCCUGGCUGGCGCCAACAGCGGUCAGACCCUCCCCUACUACGCUGCCGUGGCUGCAGUAGGAGCCCACCUGGCUCACCAGAUAUACACUGUCGACAUCCACAGACCCGAAGACUGCUGGAAUAAAUUUACCUCCAACCGCACCCUAGGAAUACUCUUGUUCCUAGGGAUCGUCCUGGGGAAUUUGUGGAAAGAAAAAACAGAAGAAACAAAAAAAUUGAAAAUGUUGGAGUAGGAAAUUAAACUGAGUCUGGUGGUACCCUCAGGAAGCAAAGGCAAGAGAGCCUCGAGGUCAAAGGCACUCAGUGACAUGGUGGGACUCUGUCUCACAGAAUCAAAGUGGCUUGGGUUGUAGCUCAGAGGUAGAGUGAUGCUGACCCACUGUGCAACAUGCCCAAGGCUCCAGGUUCCAUCCUAGCAAAGAAAAUCAUGUCUAAAACACUCAGGGCUUGAGACCACAUCAUUACAUUUGUCUGAGCAAUCUGUUUAAGAAGCAAGAAGCGUGUGAGUAGAGUGUUUGCUGGGUUCUAGUGCAGCUGUCACCUAGCAAGAUGCCCCCCUCCCCCUGUCACAGCACCUGGGGGCUCCUGGGGUUAGGUAGACCCCGCUUCAUUUGGUGCAGCCUCUCUCUUUAUUCUCACCUGAAGUUUCAGGAACUUUGGAAAAAGACUUGAUGUGUAACUCAUCUGAAUUCAUGACUUAGGAAAAUGACCGUAUGCUUCGUUUUAUUUAUCAUUGAGAGUGCUAAGUUGGAGCACACUAUUUUUUAUUGUGAUCAUUACUUGCUGCCAAAGCUGGAAUUCAAGAAGCUAUCCUGGUUCUGGAUGUAAAAGAAUGUAAGCAAAUAAAAUUGUUGCUUAAUGUA